AUGCGGCCAAUGCCCUCUGUCCUCGUCAACGGCGCACUUCACUUCCUGGUUGGGUACGAAAAUGAUAAUGCUCGUGUAGGAAUUCUCAAGUACAGCUUGAGCUCUGAUUCGUUAUCGUUGAUUGAUGCGCCGCUUGCCGAGUCUGUUGUUUUUCAUGACCCUAUGCUCAUGGCAAUGAAGGAUGGCAGUUUGGGGUUUGCACAUCUGGACAGGUUAAUUCUCUACGUUUGGUCCAGAAAAAUAGAUUCCGAUGGAGGUGCCUCAUGGGCUCGUGGUACAGUCGUGCAUCUCAAGUGCCUUCUCCCUAUGGAAGAUCCCAAGAGCGAACCUAUACUGAUUGGGUCUGUGGAGGGCGGUGAUAUCAUUUUCGUGAACACGGAUCUUGGCGUCUACCAGAUUGAUCUCAAGACACUAGAGUGUAAGGAGCUAAUGAAGGGACGAAACUUCUAUUCUUUGAUUCCGUACAUGAGCUUCUACAAUCCGCCAGAAAGGGUGAUCCCUGGUGAUGCGGCACGUUGA